UCCUCUGGACGUGUUGCAGUGUGUCGAUCUCAGCCGGAGCCGCGUGUCACCACACCCAGGCCCCGGGAUCGAGCCCGCCGCCUGCCUGAUCCGUCUUCCUCCGACAGGACCGUCCCGGCUCAGACAUGAGGACCCUCGGACCCUCAGCCCUCCUCUCUCUGAUCGGUGUUCUGCUGAUCACACCAUGCCUCCUCGCUGCCAGCGUCUCGUCCAGACUGCUGACUCCAUCUGCAGGGCAGGGAGGUGAGCGCCCCCAUGUGGCGAAGAGAUCAAUGCAGAGCUGCAGCAGCUCCUACACCAACUACUGCCUGAACCAAGGGCAGUGCAUGUAUCUGGUGGACGUCAAUCAGCAUCACUGCAAGUGUGAGAUGGGCUACUACGGCCCCCGCUGUGCCAACCAAGAAUUCCUGGUUCAGCCAAUGGGAGAGGAGACGAUCCUGGUCAUUAUCUUCGGCGUGGGGCUGCUGGUCAUCGGCCUGUCUGGACUCCUGUACUUCUGCUGCAAAUGGCAUAAGAAAAGAAGAUUCCUGGCUCAACAGAAGGGACAAGGCUACAAAGGAGUACGGACUACUUAGGGAUUCAUGUGUCGCAGUCUGAUGUCGACUCUGGUGGAUUCUCCAGUUUUCUCACUGUAAACUUCUAUAGAAACAUCUCCUGUUUGUGCUUACACUUGCCUGGAUUGCUUCCACUGGUGGCACGGAAUGUCCGCCCACUUCAUAAAGCUGGGAGAUCAUCCCAAAGAAAUUUGAAAAAAACAUGAAAACACUCCGCCGUUGGGUGCGGUGUGAUCGUUUUCCGGUCUUGACACCUCUUGGGUUGGAUCCACCCACGUUUUGGCAGAGAGAACAGAUGUGUGUGCUGGCACGGCUGGAGUGACGCACUCAUUCAUAUUUCAGGACAUUUCGGUCUUGAUGUGUAAAAUAAACAGUAAACCAGUCAGACCAGUGUUUAUUCAGAUCAGUAUUUCACUGUAGCAUCCAGGAUCAUACGAGAUUUCAGUAUUUUUUGUUUUCAGUGAGGUUGUAGCAUUUGUUAAAUUGGCCAUGAAGAUCAAAUGAAAGAAAAAGGUGAUUUAAGGAUGUAGAAACCUUCCUGCCUUAUGCAAUUAGAAUAGGGGGUUUUGAAGCCUUAUAUUUGAUGUAUUUUUUAUAUAUAUUUAGCUGUUUUUUAAUCUUCUAUAGGUAACAAAAAUAGUUAUCGAGUAAAUAUUUCAAUCUAAUUUUUUAUGUUACUGCAAAGCAAGAUGUCUUACAGAAGAUGGUUUCAAAAGUUUGUCAGCCUACAGUAUGUUGUGUACCUGCUGCCUUCCGCCACAGCUGACAGAUGUGAGCUAUUGAUAAUAAGUUUCGUAGCGGAGCCAGAGUGGGGGCAAGGGGGCGGUCGCCCCAGGGCCCACAAAGUCAUUAGGACCCCGUUUCAUGUGAUGUGUUCACAUUUAAUCGGAAAUAAAUUAUUAUAAUAAAAUGU